UUCCUUGAUGACAAUUUUUCAUAUUUUGCCAGGCAUUUGAAUAAUCUUGGACUUGAUUUCACAUUCCCACCAUUCUGUUCUCCCUUUCCAGUGCAGUCGCUGAAGGGCAGUUAGAGCAUGCAAAUGUUCCCACCUUCACUAAUGGUUCUUUGUGUACCCUGGGUGCAGAAAAUACCAAACCAGUGCCUGUCACUCCUGUUUUCCAUGAGUGGAUCAAACAAGUCAAAAUUCCACUUAGUUGACACGGCGAUGAUUUGCAUAUAAGAAAAUAAAUCCCGCCCACAGAUAGGAAUGAACCUGCACCUUGAUGUUUGUGUUUUUAAAUUUAUGACAAACAGAUGUGAAUUAAGUCCAAGUAUUUAAUCUGUUACAGGUUUCUGAACAGUAUUAACCUGUAAAGCUGCUGUUGAGGGGAAGAGGAUUUAACAAGUCUGAUAGUUUCAUAGUGUGUCAAUUUUUGAAAGACUAAGAACAAACAUUAUAUAAGAUUGACAGUAAAAUGUGGACUGAUUAUCCCCCAUUGGAAUCGCUUUGUACUUCACACCUUCCUCAAGAACCGCUACCUUGGCAGAACGAGCUGUAGGCUGCAGCUUUGCUCUGCAGAGGGUUUGCACUGUAACACAAGAGUUUAUUCUAUCUGAAAUUAAUCCCCUGUCUCUCUCUGUCAUUCUGCCUCACCCUCUGAGUCAGGACGAGGUUUGUUUAAGGUAUAGUUAUGAGCUGGGGCUGCUGAAAUUCCUGGUUCAUUGGGAGGAUAAGAAUCUACCUGUUGUGGCACAGCUCUGUUCGCUGCCUCAAAUUAUUCUCUACCUUCUCCACUCCUGAGGUUUAGUGUACAAUUCAAGUUUAAGCAAAGUUCCCCAUGGCCAGUAUCUCAAUAUUUGCCGGGGAUGUACCCCACAUCUGGCUCCAGGUCAGAUGUGGAGCCAGGUGUAGAUCCUGUGGCAAACUGCACUGUUUUAUGUCUGAACCAGUCCAGUGUGAAAUGACACGUAUUUCAAACCAUCUGCGGUUUAAAAUAGGUGGGAUGAGGCCCCUCCCUGACAGGUACAAAUUAGUCCACGGUUAUAACAAAACCUAGAUCAGACUAAACAAAGACUUUAAGACAACCUCUCAAGCGGAUCCAAGCUAAUAUAUGGUUGAUGAAACACAUCCCCCAAGGGUGGGCCGCACUGUAACCGAAAGGUAAAAGUACGACAUGGUGAAGAGGUGAAAUGACCAGCAGCCGCACUUUCUGCAAGACACAAAAACUAAAGCACGCAGACUGACUUUGUCUGUUGGAUUAUUUCUAGUGCUGCACCUGGAGUUUUGCAUGUACUCCUUCACCCUUUGAGUCCCCAAAUGAUCUUGCUCGUGUUUUUUUUUUCUGUGCUUGUGUUCAUUUGAAUACUCAACAGUAACGUGAAACCAGAUCACAUUUAUGUCAGCCUGUGCCAUAGGCAUGCGUGGAAAGCAGGGCAAGGCGCCCGCUCUUUGCCAGUGGCUAUGGUCGCGGGUGUAUCUUGUGUCCCAUUUCAGACAGGUAACCAUUCAGUGUAAAGAAAGACUGAUGAAGGGGAGGAAAAGAGCGCUGGGAGCUGCCAGUGGCUGAACCUGGAGAUCUUUGGGAACCUGUUGCAACAGGUUUUUCCUUCUGUAUAUCUUAUGGCUGGACUAGCCUGGACGAGUGCCAGAAAUACACACUCACUCAUGUGCGCGCGCGCACACACACACACACACACACAGCAAGAGGAUGAUAUUAUGAGCUGCCAAAAACUGAAACCAACCCAUCAACUAUUUCCAUACACAUUUAGUCAGUCAAUCUGAUCAAAGUUGCUCAGUGUCAGGGUGAAGGCUUUGAGAGGAGCGCAGACCUGGAAGGAAAAUGGACUAAGCAAAGACUGCAGGUCUGCUAGAAAAAAUCUGACGCAAAAAUAAAAACAGGAACACAGAGCAGCUGUUGAAUUCACAAGCUAGAAGCACAUUUCACAGCAGGAUGUCAAACUCCCCAAAGUUUUCCUUCCACAACAGCAGCAGGUCUCAGGCGUUAACUCUUGAGGUCGGCCUGCACACCUGUGAGCCCUGCAGGACGACCUGCCAGCAGAUGGCGACCCGUCAGAUUAAAGAGGGCGAGGACAUCUGCUUCCCCCAGCCAGGGAGCAGCCACUCCGGCUUGAGGACUCCAGCUCUGAGCAGGAGACACAGCGCUGACGGGACCAUCGGCUCAGAUCGCGCCCCGGCUGACCGCUUCCACCCGUACCGUCGACAGUUCAGCGACGGGGCAGUGGACGCUUCAGAUUGCCUCCUUCAGAGCUCUUCUUCCCUCAGCAGCCUGCAGGAAGUGAACAUUCCCGACACUGGCUCAUGCAGCAGUGCUGUUCAAACAACCUGGGGCGAAUACAGCGACAACGUUCAGAAUCUGUACCCAGAGCUUCCUGCUGGGCCAGUGGAACCUUACGGCUCUCUGUCUCAAAGUUAUCCAUCCUACGACUCGAUGAGCUCCAUGCAGCAGGUUUCAGCUAAACUGUUUCCGGAUGUCGAUCAGUCAGACGCCACCAAAUAUCCCCUUCAGAGUCUCUCCAUUCAGCCACAUCAGGAGAGGUCAACGGAGGCCCUCUUCCCCAAACCCAUUUACUCCUACAGCAUCUUGAUUUUUAUGGCUUUGAAGAACAGCAAAACAGGAAGUCUGCCGGUCAGUGAGAUCUACAGCUUCAUGACUGAACACUUCCCAUAUUUUAAGAACGCCCCUGACGGUUGGAAAAACUCGGUAAGGCACAACCUUUCCCUGAACAAAUGCUUUGAAAAGGUGGAGAACAAAAACGGCAACACUUCUCGUAAAGGCUGCCUUUGGGGUCUAAAUCCGGCCAAGGUGGAGAAAAUGCAGGAAGAGCUGCACAAAUGGCGCCGCAAAGACCCCCAGACCAUCCGCAGGAGCAUGGCAAAGCCAGAAGACUUUGACCGUCUGUUGGGAGAGAAGCCAGACAGACUAAGACCUUUGCCGCCUUACCCAAGCACAAACAACACCACGUUAAAAAGAGUGGCCCCUACGUACAGCCCCGCCCCUUUACCUCUGAACCCCGCGCAGCCUCCACCGGCGUGUCGACCCGUUCCACAAUCAGAGUACGCUCACAUUCAGCCCAGCUACCUUCCCCACACGACGCUCCAACCCAGCAGCUCUUUUGCCCUGUACUCCCCCUGCGGACAGCAGCCUGCGGCCGGCGUCCCGUCACCCUCUGGGUGUCUGAACUCACCCAUAGCUGGGAAAAUGCCACCUGUUUACAGGGUUGGACUGCCGGGAGAGUACAACGUCGACCUGAGGGGAAUGCACGAGUUACUUCAAGAUGGAGACACCAGCUAUGACAUAGACACCCUCAACCCCAGUCUGACGGACCUGCAGCUGCAAGGAAACUUGUGGGAGGAGUUGAGGAAGGACAGCCUGGUGUCGGAGCCACAUGGUCCAGCCACACACCUCUCCACCUCCUUUCCCCAGCAGGAUCACCACCAACAGACCAGCUGCCUGCAGACUUUCAGCCCCACGUUCGAGGGGAAUGCUGGACCCUGCUGUAAAGCAGCGUAUGAGGACGAGGACCCAGACAGAAGCUGCUGGAAUGGACUACAUCCUGUCGGAUAUUCAGGACUGGAGAGUUUGGCUGGAUAUCUGACCUCCUGCACCACUUCCAUUUCCCUGAUGUAAACGGCUCUCCACCUCCUCUGAGACUUUGCAAACUAAUAAACAUUUCACAUUUUAUGCUUAUAAACUUAAUCAGCUUUAAAAUGUUGUCAAAUUGAGACAUAUCUGAUGUACCUUUAUUGAAUGUGAGUCAUAUAUUUGUUUGCAAAGUUGUUUAUUUAUUUACUUUGAGCAAAAUGUGUUUCAUUUCCCAUGUAUCUUGUUUUGUACUGUCACUUAAAGAUUCAAAGCGUUUCAUUUUGUUGCUAUAGUUUCACCUCUUUAGUUGGCAUUAUAAGUUUUAACUGCAGGCAAAUCUGUAAAUUAUCCCCUAACAUAUAUUUGUUUGACUAUUAAAGUGAAAAUUAAAAAAUUUUUAUCAGUUCAUAAAUGAAAACAUAAACACAUACUCUUCUCAACGAGUUUAUUUUUAGCAUUCAUCAUCCCGUUUGAUUAAUCGUAUGGAAGGUUUAAUGUGCCUAAAAUGUUAGAUGCUGUUCAGUUUUCACAAAACUUAAUUAUUAAAAAAAGAGCAACCAUUUUGCAUUGAUGUCUUAUACUGGCAUUCACUAAAUAUAUUCAGCAUUUAGUGAAUGCGCUACACCACACCUCACAUCAGGUGGCCUUGCCACCAAGAGGUUAUUUGCAGAUCGUACAAAAACAAAUAAAAAAAUAAAUAAAGAAAUGCAGAAGAAACAGAAGGGAAAAGUUAUAUGAUGGUUGGGGUGAAGACGUUGGCAGUUUGUAGAUAUGUCAAGGUAAACAUAGAGGAUUUUAAAAGAAGCUAUGGAGUAAUUUGACAAAGUAUUUAAAAACUAAACAAUCCAUGUGUUGGGCUCUAUUUAUGAUUUGCUAAAACAGCCAGAGGGACUGCAGGCUUAUAAAGAAGAUCCACCCUGUUCAAGCCAAAAUAAAUGUUUUUAAACGUUAUUGUAUGAGUUGUACCUACUUGCAAACUACUCAGUUGGAAUUGGCAACUACCUCCUAAUGUCAACCCAUCUAUUAUCUUCUAGAAAGGCCUUCCUCGAGGUUCAGGAGUGCGUUCAUUGAACACUUUUAUAGAUGGGCAAACUCAUUCAUCCAUGUCCUUGUUAAUUUUGGUGUGUGCACCGUCAUGUUGGAACAGAAACAGGAGAAGCCGAGCCCAACUCCUGACAAACAACCAUGCACCAAAAUCACCCUCGCCCUACAUGUUACUUCUAACAUGAUGCAGGCAAAACGUCACCGCUCUCCAGGAGAAAUCCUGACUGGUCGGUUGGAUCGCCCAUGGAAACGGUGCAGUAACGCUGUUUCAGCAGUAGAUGGCAGCAAAACCUCCGCGUGGUUCUGCAGCUUUUGUUUCAUACAGCAAGGUACUUCAGUCAAACAUUUUAGUUUUCACUUAAAUGUAAGUAUUUAGAUUUAUUCAGAGAAAAACUGGUCGCUGUUCCUUUUACACUUUUGUGAAACUGUUACUGAAAUGGAAAUGUCACAACAACUUAUUAUCAGUGUAUCUAAAUUUUGUAUUUUUCUGCUUUGAGACUAUGAAAAGUUAUUUCAGUCAUUCCUCAAGUCAAGUCUUGAGAUAAACGCAUGUCAAGAUUUUGUGAAAAUCCCAGUUUUAUUUCUUUGAUAAAAUUAAAGACAAAACUUUUACAAUUUUCCAUGUUGAUUGAAAACAUUUCUCAGCAUCAAAGUAAACACAGUGUUCAGUGAGACAGAAAGUAUCAGCUAUCAGAACUGCUCUCUGAUUUGUGUCUAGUUAUACACAGUAGUGGUCUGAAGUUUACAUACAUUCACCGUCUGCAUCAACGUCAAAUUAAUUUGGAGCUUUUAAUGAUUUAUUUAAGCUGUUCUUUCACUAAAUUCAACCAAAUUCAAAGUUACAACGGAGUACGCUAAUAAGAAUUUAUUCAUUGUGACCAAAAAGUUAAACCAGCAAAGCUUAUUUUUUGUCAGGAAGCAUUCUUUACCUCCUUUCAGUUUGAAUGUGUUCAUUUCUUUCUGUCUACAUGCCCAGUUCCUCUCUGUGGACAAUAAAUGCAAAACAUCCAAACCAACAAACCAACCACCUCUGUUUUGUCAAGUUAAGACAUUUCAGAGCUAUUUAAAUCUUUUUAGGUAAUGCAUGUACAGCCUUUAUUUAUGAUUAUGACUUUUUAUUUCAGAGAAAAUCUGUGACAAAUUGAAAUCUAUACACCGAGUUCUUUCAUUUUUUUUUUAAUUUAGUUACUUGUGUAUAAAGAUUCAGCCCUAGAAAAAGAAAAGCUUAAACCAAAAUUGAUAAGUGUAUGUUAGCCUCUGAUGUUUCCUGGCUCUUAAAAAUAUUCCUGUCGUGGCGGCAAAGUCAUCCUGAAGACAAGAAUCGAAUUGAUUUCUCACAAAGACAAAGGAUACAGUCAUCUGGACAGCAACAAAACACAGGCGGAAGAGAGAGUCACUUAGAUAUGUCUGCUGAUACGAUUUUAAGUAACUACAAGAGUAAAAAUGCCAUGAAACUAUAAACCGUAAAUAUACUUUUGAUUAUAUCAAAAUUUGCAUCUUAUUUCUGUAUAUUGUAGUUUUCCUACAUGUAAUCAGUUGUAACAUUUAAAAAAAAAGUUUUUGCAAAUAAAACAGUCUAUUUUAUCUAAACACUAGCAGAAGAUAUCAGUGGCUCCACUACCACGCACACAUAGAAACUACAUGGAUGUUGUAUGAUUAAAAAAAAAGAUCUAGGUUUAUAAUUUAGCUUGAUAUUGAAGAGAGCAUGAGCAGUGCCUUGCAAAGGUAUUCAUAACAUUU